ACAAUAUGGUUUCUUCAGCAUGGAACUUGUUCUGCGCCGGCACAGAAACCACUUCAUCCACCCUCAGACACUCUUUACUUCUAAUGAUGAAGCACCCAGAUGUUCAAGAGCGUGUUCAGAGAGAAAUCGAUGAGGUUGUAGGACAGGACCGUUGGCCCUCCAUUGAAGACAGACAGAGGCUGCCAUAUACAGAUGCUGUAAUUCACGAGGUCCAGCGCAGCAUGGAUCUCGCCCCCAUCGCUGUCCCACACAAGACCAUGUGCGACACUGAAUACAAUGGCUAUGUCAUUCCUAAGGGUAAUGGUUUGGUUCCACCACUAUCCUCAGUGCGUAUUGACCCAAAAUGGUGGAAAAACCCAGAUUGUUUUGAUCUUGAAAAUUUCCUAAAUGAGGAGGGCCAAUUCAAGAAGAAUGAUGCAUUUGUUGCAUUCGGCAUGGGCAAGCGCGUGUGUCUCGCUGAGGCUCUGGCUCGCACAGAACUCUUCCUCUUCUUCACUUCCCUCCUUCAGCACUUCACCUUCAAAGCCAUGGUGCCACCAGAGGAGCUCGACACAACGCCUACAAAUAGCAGUUUUGGCCGCAUUCCCCGUACAUACGAGUGCUAUGCCAUUCCUAGGAUAUAGAGGAAGAAACAGUCCACAAAGUCUGUAUGCAAGGAUUAAUCAUUUAACUUGCAUUUUCCUGCAAUUACAAUUUUUUUUAUCUUCUUACAAUAAGACAUGCACACUUAGCUUAUUUUAUGUGGAAUGAUUUGUACUUUCAGUGAAAAUGUCUAUUGAAUUGCACACAUAUUGUUAAUAAAAACACAGAUCGUCUUAAACAAAAACUCA